CCUUGUUCGAGCAAACAAUGUCGUCUCAUGAGAGGAAACAAACAAUGAAGUGGAUGUUUCAGCUGCUUUUCCUGGUUUCAGUUUUUCACUUCUGUAAAGCUAACGUACGCCUAGUGGGAGAUUCAUUCAACACAAACAACACGGAAGGUCGAGUAGAGGUUUUCUACAAUGGUCAGUGGGGAACAGUUUGUGAUGACGGCUGGGAUCUUAAAGAUGCUAAAGUUGUGUGUCGUUCACUGGGUUUACCAAGAGCAGUGUCUGCACCACAGGGCGCCGCCUUUGGUCCAGGAACUGGUCCAAUCUGGUUGGAUAAUGUACGCUGCAGUGGAAGUGAAUCAUCUUUGUUUCAGUGUGGGCAUAAUGGACUGGGUUCGCAUAAUUGUGGACAUGGAGAAGAUGCAAGUGUUGUGUGUGGACCCCCAUCAUUGAUUUCCUUGAAUAUUACGAAACUCACUGGUGAGAUCAGCAGUCCCGGAUACCCAAGAUCAUUGGAACGAGCCCACUACGAGUGGAUAUUCAGACCUCCCAUACCACGUGCACGUAUAGCUUUGUAUUUUGAAGACAUCGAUUUGGAUCGCAGUUACAUGAGUGGGGAAGUUAUCCUUAGAGUAGAGGAUGCGUCAAAUGCCCCACUCUUUUAUAUCAAGAACAAGAAACGUGGACCUCUGUUUAUUCUCGUUGAAACCAUGAAUGCGAAAGUGAAUUACUACUCUUCGUACACUUCUGAAGGUCGAGGAUUUAAUUUGAGAUACUACGCCUUUAGCAUGUCUGAGCCAUGUGACAAAACCUGGAACCUGUCCAUUAUCCAGAAAGAUCCAGGAAGAAUCAAUGUUUCGUGGUCCCCCGCACCACAAGCAUCUCACCAACCUGGUUCUACAUACACUUUCUUGGUUUUAUAUAAAAUGGUUAAAAGUACAUACACUAACUUUACCACCGGUGCGAGUUCGAGAACGGCUAGGAUUGAAUUUCUGUAUCCGAACACAACAUAUUCCAUACGAGUGAUUGCUCUGGACACGUCACAUAUUGAGAGUACAACAAUAUACAGUUGUGCACAGCUGGUGAAGACACUUGAUGUAAUUGUUCGCCUGGUCGGAGGUUCAGAUAAUACGAACAACACACAAGGUCGAGUAGAGGUUUUCUACCAUGGUCAAUGGGGAACAGUUUGUGAUGACAGCUGGGACCUUAAGGAUGCUAAUGUUGUUUGUCGUUUUCUGGGUCUACCAAAAGCAGUGGAUGCACCACGCAACGCAGCCUAUGGUCAAGGAACUGGUCCAAUUUGGAUGAAUGGUGUACGCUGCAGCGGAAGUGAAUCAUCUUUGUUUCAAUGUGAGCAUAAAAGACUGGGACCGCAUAGCUGUAGACAUUACGAUGAUGCAGGUGUUGCUUGUGGACUGCCACCAUUGAUUUCCUUGAACAUUGCUAACUUCACUGGUGAGAUCAGCAGUCCCGGAUACCCAAGAUACAUGGAACGAGCCCACUACGAGUGGAUAUUCAGACCUCCCAUACCACGAGCACGUAUAGCUUUGUAUAUAGAAGACAUCGAUUUGUAUCGCAGUUACGAUACUGGGAAAAGUAACCUUACAGUAGAAGAUGCGUCAAAUGCCCAACUCUUAUACAUUCAGAACAGCAGACGUAAACCUCUCUCUAUUCUCAUUGAAACCACGACUGCAAAAGUGAUUUAUUACUCGUCUUAUUUGUAUAAGGGCCGAGGGUUUAAACUGAGAUACUACGCUUUCAGCAUGUCUGUCAAUGACCUCCUAGAGGUAUGUCACAAGAACUGGAACCUGUCCAUCAUCCAGAAUGUUCCAGGAAGAAUCAAUGUCUCUUGGUCCCCUGUGCCACAAGCAUCUCACCAACCUGGUUCUACAUACACCUUCUUGGUUUUAUAUAAAAUGGUUAAAAGUACAUACACUAACUUUACCACCGGUGCGAGUUCGAGAACGGCUAGGAUUGAAUUUCUGUAUCCGAACACAACAUAUUCCAUACGAGUGAUUGCUCUGGACACGUCACGCAUUGAGAGUACAACGACAUACAGUUGUUCGCAGCUGGUAAAGACACUUGAUGCUAUUGCAAAAAAGGGUGAACACUGAGUACUGCAUACUGAAUAGUGCAUUCCUAUAUUACCACCCCUGGAUCCGCCACUGUCACUAUCUUAUUUUAUAUGAAUACUUUAUUGAUGAAUAAAAGAAUACAAAAAAGAAAAACUAUAUAACCUGCAUAUAGCUAAAGCUAGUCUAGGCAGGUUAAAUUCACAGAAUAUACACGUAGAUUUACAAAGAUGUCUUUAUAUGUUAAUAAUACUAAAUAAUCAGAGUACAAAGAUCUGAAUAGGAAAUGAAAAGUAGUUCACUGAGUAGAAAAUGUAAAAUAGCUCAUUACAGAUAGACUUACUUAAAAAGUUUGAAGAUCUCAGUAUCAUAGCGAUUAAUAUUAAGAUCGUUUAAUAAAACGGUUUUGAUUUCC